AUGUUUUGUCGUUGGCUAAAGCAUUCUAAUUUGGGGAAUUGUGUUUUAGAUUUUAGGCAAGUUGGUCGAUCAAUUUUUUGUAGAAAACGGAGAUAUUUCCUGCCACAUUCAACUGUAGCUGCAAGAGGUCUUUUGACCCCAGACAUGGCAAAGUCAGUUGGAGACACUCACAACUUCCCCAAGGAAGAAGAAGAAAUUCUGGAGUUAUGGAAGAAGCUCGAUGCUUUCAAAACGUCACUUAAGCAAUCAGAAGGAAAGCCAAGGUUUUCAUUUUAUGAUGGUCCCCCAUUUGCCACUGGACUACCUCAUUAUGGCCAUAUUCUUGCUGGCACAAUAAAGGAUAUUGUCACAAGAUAUGCCCAUCAGUCAGGUUUUCAUGUUGAGAGAAGAUUUGGCUGGGAUUGUCAUGGUCUUCCAGUUGAAUUUGAAAUUGAUCAGAAACUUGGAAUCAAGGGACCAGAAGAUGUAAUGAAAAUGGGCAUUGAAAACUACAAUGCUGAAUGUCGUAAAAUUGUUAUGAGAUACUCUGAAGAAUGGGAGUUUACAGUGAAACGAUUGGGGAGAUGGAUCGAUUUUGAAAAUGAUUACAAGACCCUCUAUCCAUGGUUUAUGGAGUCAGUCUGGUGGGUUUUCAAACAGCUUUUUGAGAAGAACAUGGUUUAUCGUGGAUUUAGGGUGAUGCCUUACUCCACCAAAUGCAACACCCCGUUAUCCAAUUUUGAAUCCAACCAAAACUACAAGGAAGUUAAUGAUCCUGCUGUAAUUGUCAGCUUCCCCCUGGAAAGCGAACCCAACGUCAGCAUGAUCGCAUGGACAACGACCCCCUGGACAUUGCCAAGUAAUAUGGCGUUGGUUGUCAACCCAAACCUUCAAUACGUCAAAGUAAAAGACAAUUCAACAGAACGAACAUACAUUAUGAUGGAAGCUAGGCUGAGUGCGUUGUUCAAAAACGAGUCAGAGUAUACAAUAUUGGAAAGAUUCCCUGGUAAUGCCCUGAAAGGGAAGAGAUACAAUCCUCCGUUUAACUAUUUUCACCAUAUGAAGAAAAAAGGUGCUUUUCAAAUUUUUGCUGAUGAUUACGUCACAGAUGAUAGCGGCACGGGAGUUGUGCAUUCGGCUCCUGCCUUUGGUGAGGAUGAUUACAGAGUUUGUAUGGCGAAUGGAGUGAUAGCGAAGGGCGGAGAACUACCGUGUCCGGUUGAUGCUAGUGGAGUCUUUACUGAUCCGGUCUCGGAUUUCAAAAAUCAGUACGUGAAGGAUGCGGAUAAACACAUUGUGAAAAUGUUGAAGCAAAACGGAAAACUUGUGCAUCAAGGCAAUGUUAAGCACAGCUAUCCAUUUUGUUGGAGGUCAGAUACCCCUCUGAUCUACAAAGCUGUUCCUGGCUGGUUCGUCGCUGUUGAAGGCAUCGUUCAAAAACUUCUUGCAAACAACAAACAGUGCUACUGGGUUCCUGAAUUUGUAAAAGAAAAGCGAUUUCACAAUUGGCUGGAAAAUGCACGUGAUUGGAACAUUUCGAGGAACAGGUACUGGGGAACACCAAUACCUUUGUGGGUCAGCGAAGACUUCAAGGAGGUCGUGUGCGUUGGCUCAAUUAAGGAACUAGAAGAAUUAUCUGGAGUCAAGGUGUCUGACCUUCAUCGCGAAAGUGUUGAUGGCAUCACAAUCCCUUCAAAACAAGGAAAGGGGGUUCUUCGACGUGUUUCGGAAGUGUUCGAUUGUUGGUUCGAAAGUGGCAGCAUGCCUUAUGCACAGUCUCAUUAUCCGUUCGAGAACAAAGAGACGUUUGAGAAAUCAUUUCCCGCCGAUUUCAUUGCAGAAGGGAUUGAUCAAACCCGCGGCUGGUUUUACACAUUGCUUGUGUUAUCAACAGCGCUGUUCGACAAGCCCCCUUACAAGAACCUGAUUGUCAAUGGCCUAGUCCUCGCUUCUGAUGGCACCAAAAUGAGCAAGAGGAAGAAAAACUAUCCAGAUCCGCUUUCAGUCGUAAACAAGUACGGCUCAGAUGCGCUAAGAUUGUAUUUGAUAAACUCCCCAGUCGUGAGGGCUGAUUCACUUCGUUUUCAAGAAAGUGGCGUGAAAGAUGUCAUCAAGGACGUGUUCCUGCCAUGGUACAAUGCUUACAGGUUUCUGGUUCAGUGCAUCGAACUUUACAAAAAGGACCACAAGUUAGAAUUUUCGUACGAUGAAACAAAGCUUCAUGAGUCAAACAAUUACAUGGAUAGAUGGAUACUGUCAUUCACACAGAGUUUACUACUGUUUGUCAAGGAAGAAAUGAAUGCUUACCGACUUUAUACCGUUGUGCCUCGAUUGGUGAAGUUCAUUGAUAACCUGACAAACUGGUAUGUCAGGUCGAACAGGAAAAGACUGAAGGGCGAGUCAGGUCCAGAGGAUUGCGACAUUGCAUUGCACACUCUGUUUGCAGUUGUGUUAACUUUGGUGAAAGUGAUGGCUCCAUUUACUCCAUUUUUAACGGAGCACAUCUAUCAGAAUCUGAAGCACUUCAUAGUUGACGAUGGUGUGCCAGUUGAAGAAACAGCUAGCGUCCACUACCUCAUGCUUCCUGCACCAAGAAUGGAAUUUAUCCACGAAGAAGUCGAACGAUCUGUUUCCCGGAUGCAAACUGUUAUAGAACUCGGUCGAGUUGCUAGAGACAGAAAAACAUUGCCAUUAAAGUACCCAUUACCAGAAGUGAUUGUAAUUCACAAAGACCCAACAUAUUUAGCAGACGUCUCCUCCCUAUCGAGUUACGUAUCUGAGGAGCUUAAUCUGCGGAAAGUGACAACGUCAUCGGACAAAGACAAGUACGGUUUGAAGCUAAAAGCUUCGGCGGAUUUCCAAAUUCUCGGGAAGAGACUCAAAGGAGAUUUCAAAAAAGUUCUCGAAGCCUUGAAAGACAUAAACCAAGAUGAACUACAAAAAUAUCAGAAAGAUGGAAAGAUAGUUGUAGCUGGUCAGGAGCUGUCUGGUGAAGACCUCAAGCUCAACUACACAUUUGGAGAUCAUACCGAGUUGUCACAAAAGUAUGAGCCUCAUUCUGAUGGCGAGGUGCUUAUCCUGCUAGACAUAACACCUGACCAGACUAUGGUCAAUGAAGGGAUUGCCAGAGAGGUUGUCAACAGAAUUCAAAGGCUUCGUAAAAAGGCUAAACUUUCACCCACUGAUGACAUCACAAUUAGUUAUGAGGUUUGUCAACUUGGCUCUUCCAAACCAGAGCAAGAAGCCAGCAGUUUGCUCUCUUCUAUCAUCGAAUCGCAUUCAAGUUACAUUUAUGAUAGCAUCAAGCAAAAGUUUUACAAUAACCUUGACCCGAAUGGACUGCCAGAAGUCAUUCACGAAGACACUGGGGUCAAAGGUGCACAAUUAAGGCUUUGGAUAUAUCGCGGUAUUUAUCAGGAAACUGGAACAAGGGCUAACAGUAGUACACCAUUUUGCAGUUUUGUGAAUUUAGAACUGGAGAAGAUGUUGCCUCGUAUGGGUGCAGCGGGAACCAGGGCAACGGUUUUGUUGGAGAAUCCACGUGGUGAUUUCCCCCUUACAGUAGAAGGGCUGAAACAGCAGGCUGCAGUUAUUUAUGGUCUACAAGGCGUGUGCUUAGCGGUAUCUACCAGCCCCUCUCUUAGUCCAGAGUUAAAAAGAGACGAAGAUCUGAGGCAAUACAGUGGCAAGACACUGUUUGUUGGACAAUCAAAUUCAUAGCUGAAUAAUCAUUUUAGGUGCAAAUUAUUAUUGAAUUGCAGUAAAUUGCCAAUAUGAUGUUUUGAAUGAAACCCUUUGGACAAUAAGAA